CAACUUCAUCAGCAAGCAAAUAUACCCUAAAAACCCUUUCACUAAAUAUUGAAGAUGCAGUCAAUGAAGGAUGCUGCUGCCUCUGCUAAGGCCGGCAUGGAGAAGGCCAAGGCCUCCAUGCAGGAAAAGGUGGACCAAAUGAAGACAAGGGACCCUAAUGAGAAAGAGAUGGCGAGGGAAAGGAAAGAAGAGAGACAAGAAGAUGCAGAGCUGAGGAAACAAGAGGCCCGCCAUCAUAACGCCACGGCUGGCCAUGCUGGUGGUGGUGGUAUUGGUGGUACUGGCUACACCACAGCUGGGUACAACAGAGGGGAUACUGGUGGCUAUGGCGGUACCGGUGGACAUGACAACCGUGGGUACCCCACCGCAGGUAGUGGGUAUGAUACAGGCAGGCAAGAUGACCUCAGCAGUGUGGGGUUUGGCGGAGAUACAGGGGGUGCUUACGGUACAACGGGAAACCAAGACUUCCCAAGUGCGGCGCCUAACAAUGCUGGGACUAGAAGGAGCACCCGCGGAGGUACCCAGGAUGAUCCUUAUUAUCGAUCCUAUUAAAUGAAAGGAGCGACUUUUUGUGCUCUGCUACUGCCUUGAGUCUGUGUUUGUUGUUUGUUUGCUUCUACUUUUUUCUUUUUCAAGUUCGUACUGUUGUACCUUAUAAAGAAAGGUUUGGUCCUGUUGUAAUGUUCAGUGUUAGCCAGGGCAGUUCUAUAAAUCAAUAAAAGUUGGGAAUAAUUAGAGAAAACCUUUUUAUAUUCAA